AUGCUGUGUACAAAAAAUCAAAUUCAUAGAAAAAAUGCUUCUAAUGCCAAAAGCAAUGAAACACAAAAGAAAAGUAGUAACUAAUAUUAAUAAAGAUAAUCUAAUAUUUAGAUAGUUUAAUAAUUAUUAUGUUUGUAAAUGCUAAAGAAAUUGGUAUCAGGAACAUCAAAAUCAUAGAAUAAGAAUAAUUCAAAGACAAGAAUACGUACAGAAGGGAAUGAAAAGUAAUUUAAAGUUCAUGCUUCUGCAUCUCCAAAAAAAGAGAAAGAAUAAUCAGUAUCCCCUCCUUAAAGAAACACUAAUUCUUAAGUCGAAGUUAUUACAAACUUAUUAAAUUCAAAUAUGAUUCAUAAUGAAUAUAAAAGAAUAUCAAGAGAUUAAAGAAAUCAAAGCGCGGACUUUUAAUAAUUAUUAGCAUAAUAACAAUAAAGAUAAGAAAAUUUGUAAUGGAAAAACAAUUGCAAAAAGAAAUUUAACUCUUAUGGUAAUCUAAAUGAUUAAGUUUAUUUUUCUUAAAGAGGGGGACUAACAGAAUGCCAAUCAACAGUUUAACUUGUUAAAAAUAAUGGUGAAUAGAAAUUAAUGAAUUAAAAAGGCUCAUACUCUAUGAAACACUUUCCAUCUCCAAUGAAUAUUUGUACAUAAUAAAUUAGUUUAUAAGAAUUUAAAGAAAAAUUAAGUAAUUUAACUAAAGAUAUAAAACAAAAUAAAAAUUAAGUGGAAGAAGAAUUAUAGAAAACAUAAAAAAAACAAUAACAUAUAUAUGAUUAGUAUGAUAAUAAAGAAAGUGAAAAAUAAAUCAGAUAAGAAAUCUCUUAGAGGAGUAAAUCAGUAGAUUCUUCAUCAUCUAGGUCUCAAUUAGAGAAUUUGAAAUAUUAAAAGGAAUGCAUAAAUUAGUAUAAAAUUAAACAUCAAUAAAAUGGGAAUUAGGAAGAAUAUAUUCAUAAUACAUAAAGUUAUAUAACAUAGAUGAAAUUGGAGAGUAAAAUUGAUUAAUUAGUGUUUCAAGUGUAAAUUUUAAAGAAAAAAUCAGAAGAGUUAGAAUUACAAAACAAAUUUUUAUUUGAUAAUUUAACAAAAUUUUAGAAGGAUUCUGAUUGUAGUGCUGAUGUAUCAUAUAUUAAUAAAUAUAAAUAGGAACGAAAUUUGCUUAUGAAUAAAUUAGAUUAAAUGAUUGGAAUGUAAAAAAGAUAAGAAGAGAAUCUUAAUUUUUUUAAAUAGAUAUUUGCCAAAGGUUAUGAUUAGUCUCGAAGAAUAAAAACUGAAUAGUAAUAAUAAUAAAAAGAAGAAGAUAAUUUAAAACCAAAUUAAAAAACAGAAAUAUUAUCAAAAUAAAGACCAUUUGUCAAGUCAGCCUAUCAAGGACUUGAUUUUAAUGUCUGA